AUGGACAAGACAGACUACAAUGACAAAAUGGACUCGCUUGUUAACGACAAACAGACCUACGAAGUACUUAAACGAGACCCGACACCCGCACUGCAACGCAAACUUAACAACAAACUGCUUACACUGAAGAAAACCUACAAGAUCGACUUUCGACGCUACAACAGACUGAGGUGUAGUGUUCCGCAGCCACCCAAGCUGUAUGGACUACCAAAACUACACAAACCCAACAUACCUAUGCGGCCCAUAGUUUCUUUCUGUGGGUCCCCAACCUACCAACCGUCUAAAUACUUAACUAACGUACUGAAACCGGUGACUGACGAAUCUAGACACAAACUACAGUCUACUGAGAACUUUUUUUUGACGCCAUUAAGACAAUACAGAUACCGGACGACCACAAACUAGUGUCCUUUGACGUGAAAUCGCUGUUCACCAGUAUUCCACUUCAACUGGCUCUAGACUGUACUAAGAACGCUAUUAAGAACUCUACUGUUGAACUGCCACCACCUACAGACGACAUUUUGGACCUACUCAACCUCUGUUUGACUUCGACGAAGUUUCAGUACAACGGCAAACACUUCAAACAGUUACACUGUACAGCUAUGGGCUCUCCAUUUUCUGUUGUUGUAGCAGAAAUUGUCAUGCAAAACAUCGAGGAACAAGCCCUAGCUACCUACACGCGAACCGUACCUCUUUGGUUACGUUACGUUGACGACACAUUCACCGCCGUACACAAAGACGGAAUCGAUGAUUUUCACGAACACCUUAACAGACAGANCUUUCGACGCUACAACAGACUGAGGUGUAGUGUUCCGCAGCCACCCAAGCUGUAUGGACUACCAAAACUACACAAACCCAACAUACCUAUGCGGCCCAUAGUUUCUUUCUGUGGGUCCCCAACCUACCAACCGUCUAAAUACUUAACUAACGUACUGAAACCGGUGACUGACGAAUCUAGACACAAACUACAGUCUACUGAGAACUUUUUUUUGACGCCAUUAAGACAAUACAGAUACCGGACGACCACAAACUAGUGUCCUUUGACGUGAAAUCGCUGUUCACCAGUAUUCCACUUCAACUGGCUCUAGACUGUACUAAGAACGCUAUUAAGAACUCUACUGUUGAACUGCCACCACCUACAGACGACAUUUUGGACCUACUCAACCUCUGUUUGACUUCGACGAAGUUUCAGUACAACGGCAAACACUUCAAACAGUUACACUGUACAGCUAUGGGCUCUCCAUUUUCUGUUGUUGUAGCAGAAAUUGUCAUGCAAAACAUCGAGGAACAAGCCCUAGCUACCUACACGCGAACCGUACCUCUUUGGUUACGUUACGUUGACGACACAUUCACCGCCGUACACAAAGACGGAAUCGAUGAUUUUCACGAACACCUUAACAGACAGAACGCGGACAUACAGUUCACCAAGGAGAUCGAAGAAAAUGGUAAGAUACCUUUUCUAGACUGCUUGGUCACUCGCGACAAUAACGAACUAAAAACGACUAUUUACAGAAAACCGACACAAACCGAACGAUUACUAGACCAGUCUUCGUACAACCCGACCUCUCACAAGGCUACUACUAUCCGGACUCUGACGAGACGAGUGCAACUAGUUUGCGACUCACCUUACAGCCUAUAA